AUGGUUGCAAUGGCAGCAGCAACAGCCUCAUCUCAGUUAAUAUUCUCAAAACCUUACACUCCUUCACGUCUAUGUCCCUUCCAACUAUGUGUCUUUGAUACAAAGUCAGUGUUAUCAAGUUCAAAGAGAAAGCAUGUGAGUGGCAAUGGUGUUAAAUGUAUGGCUGUGAAGGAAGCAACUACUCAGACAAAGAAGAGAAGUGGAUAUGAUAUUAUAACACUCACUAGUUGGUUGUUGCAGCAAGAACAAAAAGGGACUAUUGAUGCAGAACUUACUAUUGUACUUUCUAGCAUUUCUUUGGCAUGUAAACAAAUUGCUUCUUUGGUUCAAAGAGCUAAUAUUUCUAACCUCACUGGUACUCAAGGUGCUGUAAAUAUUCAAGGGGAAGACCAGAAAAAACUUGAUGUUAUCUCAAAUGAGGUAUUCUCGAAUUGCUUGAGAUCAAGUGGGAGGACAGGGAUAAUAGCGUCGGAGGAAGAGGACGUGCCCGUGGCAGUAGAAGAGAGUUAUUCAGGAAACUACAUUGUUGUAUUUGAUCCACUUGAUGGUUCAUCCAAUCUCGAUGCUGCAGUCUCAACUGGUUCGAUUUUCGGGAUUUAUAGCCCCAAUGACGAGUGUCUUCCUGACUUUGGUGAUGACUCUGAUGUCAACACACUUGGCACAGAAGAACAAAGGUGCAUUGUGAAUGUGUGUCAACCUGGAAGCAACCUUCUAGCAGCUGGUUACUGCAUGUAUUCGAGUUCAGUAAUCUUUGUUCUUACCAUAGGCAAAGGAGUGUUUGUAUUCACAUUAGAUCCAAUGUACGGAGAAUUCGUUUUGACUCAGGAGAAUCUCCAAAUACCGAAAUCGGGGAAAAUCUAUUCUUUCAAUGAAGGGAAUUACAAGCUGUGGGAUGAAAACUUGAAGAAAUAUAUUGAUGAUCUUAAGGAACCAGGUCCUAGUGGCAAGCCUUAUUCAGCAAGGGACAAGAAGAGUAAGAAUGGGAAGCUUAGGCUUUUAUAUGAGUGUGCUCCAAUGAGCUUCAUUGUUGAACAGGCUGGUGGAAAAGGUUCAGAUGGUCAUCAGAGAGUACUUGACAUUCAACCCACAGAAAUUCAUCAACGGGUUCCACUUUACAUUGGGAGCACAGAAGAGGUGGAGAAGGUUGAAAAGUACUUAGCUUAA